ACUGUGUACUGCUUGCCUCAAAAGAGAAUUCAGCCCCGGUAAAGCUUGGUGGCUUCGGGGUAGCAAUUCAGUUAGGCGAGUCUGGGCUAGUUGCUGGAGGACGUGUAGGAACACCUCAUUUUAUGGCCCCAGAAGUGGUAAAAAGGGAACCUUAUGGGAAGCCUGUAGAUGUCUGGGGUUGUGGCGUGAUCCUUUUUAUCCUGCUAAGCGGUUGUUUGCCUUUUUACGGAACCAAGGAAAGAUUAUUUGAAGGCAUUAUUAAAGGAAAAUACAAGAUGAAUCCUAGGCAAUGGAGCCAUAUUUCUGAAAGUGCCAAAGAUCUGGUACGCCGCAUGCUUAUGCUGGAUCCAGCAGAAAGGAUAACAGUAUAUGAAGCACUCAAUCAUCCCUGGUUAAAGGAGAGAGAUCGCUAUGCAUACAAGAUUCAUCUUCCAGAAACGGUAGAACAAUUGAGAAAAUUCAAUGCAAGACGAAAACUAAAGGGGGCAGUACUAGCAGCUGUGUCAAGCCACAAGUUCAACUCCUUCUAUGGUGACCCCCCUGAAGAGCUGCCAGACUUCUCUGAAGACCCUACCUCCUCAGGACUUCUAGCAGCAGAAAGAGCAGUCUCACAGGUGCUGGACAGCCUGGAAGAAAUUCAUGCACUUACAGACUGCAGUGAAAAAGACUUAGAUUUUCUUCACAGUGUUUUCCAGGAUCAGCAUCUUCACACGCUACUAGAUCUUUAUGACAAAAUAAACACAAAAUCUUCACCACAAAUCAGGAAUCCUCCAAGUGAUGCUGUACAGAGAGCCAAAGAGGUAUUGGAAGAGAUUUCAUGUUACCCAGAGAACAAUGAUGCAAAGGAGCUAAAGCGUAUUUUAACGCAACCUCAUUUCAUGGCCUUACUUCAAACUCAUGAUGUAGUGGCACAUGAAGUUUACAGUGAUGAAGCCUUGAGAGUUACACCUCCUCCCACCUCUCCAUACUUAAACGGAGAUUCUCCAGAAAGCGCCAACGGCGACAUGGAUAUGGAGAACGUAACGCGAGUUCGACUGGUGCAGUUCCAGAAGAACACAGAUGAACCAAUGGGUAUCACUUUAAAAAUGAAUGAGCUGAACCAUUGCAUUGUGGCAAGAAUUAUGCAUGGAGGAAUGAUUCACCGGCAAGGUACGCUACAUGUAGGGGAUGAAAUCCGAGAGAUAAACGGAAUCAGUGUGGCAAAUCAAACUGUAGAACAACUACAAAAAAUGCUUAGGGAAAUGCGUGGAAGUAUUACCUUUAAGAUUGUGCCAAGUUAUCGCACGCAAUCUUCAUCCUGUGAGAGAGAUUCCCCCUCUACAUCCAGACAGUCCCCAGCUAAUGGCCAUAGCAGCACUAACAAUUCUGUUUCGGACUUGCCAUCGACAACACAACCAAAAGGACGACAGAUAUAUGUAAGAGCACAAUUUGAAUAUGAUCCAGCAAAGGAUGACCUCAUUCCUUGCAAAGAAGCUGGCAUCAGGUUCCGAGUUGGUGAUAUUAUCCAAAUCAUUAGCAAAGAUGAUCACAACUGGUGGCAGGGUAAACUUGAGAACUCCAAAAAUGGUACCGCAGGUCUUAUUCCUUCUCCUGAACUUCAAGAAUGGCGAGUUGCUUGUAUUGCCAUGGAGAAGACAAAACAAGAGCAACAGGCCAGCUGUACUUGGUUUGGAAAGAAAAAAAAGCAGUACAAAGACAAAUAUUUGGCAAAGCACAAUGCAGAUCUCGUCACAUAUGAAGAAGUAGUAAAACUGCCAGCAUUCAAAAGGAAAACACUAGUCUUACUAGGUGCACACGGUGUCGGAAGAAGACACAUAAAAAACACACUCAUCACAAAACACCCGGACAGAUUCGCUUACCCCAUUCCUCACACAACCCGACCUCCAAAGAAAGACGAAGAAAAUGGGAAAAAUUACUACUUUGUAUCGCAUGACCAAAUGAUGCAGGAUAUAUCAAACAAUGAAUAUUUGGAAUAUGGCAGCCAUGAGGAUGCAAUGUAUGGGACAAAACUGGAAACAAUACGAAAGAUCCAUGAGCAGGGACUAAUUGCAAUACUUGAUGUAGAACCUCAGGCAUUGAAGGUCCUGAGAACUGCAGAGUUUGCUCCUUUUGUUGUUUUUAUUGCUGCACCUACGAUUACCCCAGGCAUUAAUGAGGAUGAAUCUCUUCAGCGCCUGCAGAAGGAGUCUGAAAUCUUACAGAGAACAUAUGCACACUACUUUGACCUAACAAUUAUCAACAAUGAAAUCGAUGAAACUAUCAGGCACCUGGAGGAAGCCAUCGAGCUGGUGUGUACAGCCUCCCAGUGGGUCCCGGUCUCCUGGGUCUACUAGACCGAUCACAAGAAAAUUGGGAAAAAAAAAACAAAAAAAACAAAAAAAUCUGUCAUUACUGGGAACCACCUCAUACAUGGAAAACCUCUUCGUUAUUGACCUCGUGUCAAUAGGUCUUGGCCCCUAGAGACUACCUAGAUGUAGUGUGACCUAAAAAUAUAAUUAUUGUCAUGUCCGAAUAGAUAGGAGGAGGGGGGAAAAAAAAAUUUAAACACUAAUUUAAAGAGACAGUAUCUUUUUUUUAAUCAUUUCUCCUAAACUUUAAUAAAAUGUAUCUUUAAAU